AAUAAACAUACAUAUAACCCUGAUAGAAUUAUUAAACAGUAAUGCGAAUUUAAACAAUAUCUUCAGGAUCAAUCAGGAAAUCCGUCAACCGUGUAUAUUAUAUAACGGAUUAGAUUUUUCAAAUGCCACAUCAAAUAGUGAUCAGCUCAGUUAUUUGAUACAACAAAUUAUGAUUGUGACUUUUAUCUUACUGGUAAUACUGACAAUAAAUCCGACCCAUCCAGCCAACGUAAGAACUGAAAGAAAGAACAAACCCAGGUAAAUCAACAAGUACAUUCCAGAUGCUGACAAAGUACAAGGUAGAGAUAGAAAACUUCCUCCCCUGUCCGGACAACGACAAGCUCGAAAGCCCUUUAAGAAACGUCGUGAUAAGGAACACCAACAAUGGAAAGAAGAAGUUAAGCUACGACGUCGAGUUUAAACGUCCAAUCGACAAAAACGUCGGAGGCUUCGGCGUACUGGAAAAAUGGGGCAACGCCGGCUGGGUCACUUUGCCCUUCAUGCCCUUCUAUCCGGACGUGUGCAACACGAUGAUGAGGUACUUCAAGAACACCUGGGUCUCGUACAACAAGGCUUUGGGGGUAAAACAGCCGGACAAAUGUCCAGUGCCUGCGGGUAAAUACCACGUGCAAGACUACGACAUAGACUUGGGCGACGUCACUGUGCCCACCUGGGGCGGGAAGUACAGAAUGAAGCAGAUGUUUCAGCUGGUUGAUUCCAGGAAGACCAUUUACUGCAGCCAGCACUUGGUCAACAUCAAAGAAAUUGUCUAGACCCCAAAAUUCACAAUAAAAAUUAAAGGCAAAAUGGGUCAUUAUUUAACCCCAGUG